CCCGCCCCUUCCCUGGCAAUGGGCGGCAACGCAGACAGUUUUAUCGUUGGCUUAACGGAGCAUCCUCGGCUCAAAGAUGUGGAACGAGAGAGGGACGAGCUACGAGCCAAAGUGACACGCCUGGAUGCCGAGAAACGGAUCUUUACCCGAGAUGUCCGCAAAGUGUUGACUGAGUCCAAAUCAAAUGAAUGGCAACCAAACGGUGACCCCUAUCACCAAAUUCUAGAGUUUGCCGUAAUCCACGAAGCCCGUGCCAGGACCGCAUCCGAAGCGCAAGAAAGCUGGAUCAGAGCAUACAAAAAAGAAAAACGCCAGCGAAUCGCCCGAGAGAAGACGGUUCAACAACUUACGGCUAAGCUGGACUAUCAAGCGCAGACCGCCAUCCAAGCCACUGAAAACCAACACAAGCUGGAAGCGGGAAACGAAUGGUUUCAGCACCUCGUCAACACACGGGUGAAAGAGUACCAGGGCAUGAUGCAAAGCCAGGAGAAGAGACACUCAGCCAUGCUACAACGCCUGAUCAACGCGCACACGGCCGAGAUGAGCGAGCAGAUGACCGUCUACGAGAAGGAGCUGGCUGAUCUGCGCGUUCAGCAUGAGCGAGAACUGGCGGAGAAACCGAAUUGCGAGGGGGGUUGAAUAGGCGCAAAGAUAGGAUCACGUCGUUUGGGAAGACUGUCUGGCGGUUGGCUUGGGCGGGUUCAAUUGCUGGACGAGCCCUGUUGCUAACUUCUUGUGUUUGUUAUUUCUGUAAUCAUAUGACUGAAGAGUGUGGAAGAAAAGAAGGGACAAUAGGCAAGGGAAGGGGGACGAAGGCGGUGUGACUGAGGGAAAGAAAACAGGAGGCAUAGUUCGACUUCUCUUUCCAAAACUACCGCGAGGAACAUUAGGUCAACUG